AUUUUAGUCUAAUCAUUCCUCUAUUAAACCAAAUCUACACGUAGCUUGACAAAAAAAAAUAAUUGCUAUAAAGGCUUUACAAACUAUUCCAUUCUAGCUCCAUAACUCCACAAAAAAAUGUUCACAGUUGAAACUAUUGAAGGUGAUUUAAUCAAAACCAUAGAUACAGUAAUUACAAAUGACUACGUUAAAGUUUGUGCAAAUGAUGGAUCAAAUAGAUUUUGCAUCCUACCUCAAAAAUGUGUCGACAAGUUUCUAAUAAGGAUCAAAGAAAUGGAAGUUUAUGAUGAUGACAUAUGGAUUGUGACGUUCAUAAAAUGUGGAACAACAUGGACACAAGAAAUGCUGUGGAUGUUGAAUAACAACUUAGAUUACCAGACAGCAAUAAAUAAGAAAUUAGCAGAAAGAUUCCCAUUUGUUGAAAUCGGUGGCUUAAUAGCUCCAAUCGAGUUUGAUUCAUUUGAUAUAUGUGAAAAAACUCCGAGACCAAGGCAUAUUAAGACGCAUUUGCCAAUGUUCUUGCUGCCUGAUAAAUUUUGGAGUGUUAAGCCUAAGAUCGUCUACGUCGCACGCAAUCCAAAAGAUGUUGCUGUGUCAUUCUUCCAUCAUUAUCGACACAUGCAUGGCUAUCGAGGAACAAUGGAAUCUUUUUUAAAUGCUUUUGUCAGCAAUGAAAUUCUUUAUGCUCCAUACAAUGAUCAUGUUGUUGAUUUUUGGAAGAUUCGCGAUGAGACAAAUAUUUUGUUCGUAUUUUAUGAGGACAUGAAGAGAAAUUUGAAGCAGGAAGUCAGAAAAGCUAUGAAAUUUUUGGAAAAAAAUUAUUCUGAAGAUGAAAUUGAUAAGCUUUGCAAGCAUUUGUCAUUCGAGUCUAUGAAAAACAAUCCGUCAUGUAACUUUGAAGAUUUAUUAGAAAUGCUAAGAGAACUGCACAAAUCAAAUGGAUUGACUGCUAUUGAAGGCUUUAAUUUCAUUAGAAAAGGUCAAGUUGGAUCUCAUAAAGAAGAAUUGAAAGAAGAUGAGAAUGUAAAAUUGAAUGCCUUACUUGAUGACCCACAACUAAAAGCAUGUGGAUUUAAAUAUAAAUUUUAAUGAUUUUUACUGUAAAGUUUGUAUUAG